AUGCCUCCUAGGACGAAACCCAGACCGCGAUUGCCCCCGAAGGGUCCACCAAAGAGGAAGCGCUGUGAAGACUCGCAAAGCGGCUCCGACGAUUGCAAUACUCGGAAAGAGGGAGCAAGGAAGGCUCGCAGGAGUAAGAACAAGAUCCCUUCGCUUGAUCAAACUGAUAUUCAGGAGGUUGCACGCACCAAGGAAGCUCAAGGGCUCAAAAUAGAAGAGGAGCUCCACCGCACCUUGAUUGGCUCCUUCCGCAUGCCCGCUUCGUCUCUCGACUUUCAAUGGAGGGGAGCAGAUACGACAAACCAGCGCAGGGUAUCACCUGAUCACGUCAAAAAAAUGCUGAUGCAUUUUUACACAAGUGGACUAAAACGCUGCGCCAAAGAACACCACAUAGCUGCCAUCAUUAGCCGACAGAUGUUUGACGAAGCUGUGCAGACAACGGUCAGGGCCACGGGGAUCAAUCCUGUAAAUGCCCAAACCAUAAAUGCCCAAACUAAACCCAGGGAGGAACCAGAAAAGGCCCUUCUAGGGCGCGUUACAGUGCCUCGGGCAGACUCCCAGGGCAUGACCGAAAACGAUCGGGUUCACGAGGCCAGUAUUCGUUAUCCAUUCCUAGUUCUGCCUGCAGGUGUCACGGUGGAAGCCCAGUCUGGACAACACAGAAUUCAUGCGUUGCGGCAGCUCUUUACCGAGGAACUAGACAAGUGGUGGGUGAUUGAUUUAUACGAUGAUUCAGUCAGCAAUGCGGCCAAGGAGAAGCUACGGAUGAAUAUUCUUGAGCUCCACAAAGCACCGACGCUUGCGGAGACCUGGGCAAACCUCCUGCUAUACCAACGGGAAAAUGACCAGAAUGCCACAGACGCGACACUCGCUACCAUGAGCUCGCCCACGAAGGUGAAGCAGCUACUAUAUUCUGAUCAGUACCGGAAUGCCAUCACACAGGCCUUGCGCAACCGAGGGGUUUGGAAAAACUUUACCGGCGGGAGGUUUGGUGCAUUCCUGCCGAUGCGGUGUGUUGAGGAGAAUGUUCGAUAUCUCACCCGUGUGGCGAAGAUAUGGGACUAUAUCGGCGAGGAUAUUCCGGGAUUCCACGAAUCCAUUGAUGAGAUGACCCUGAAGUAUCUGGAAGGCCUUGCUCCAGCACGCUUUGUUGAGGAUGCAAGGGCGGUGGAGGAAGGCAUGGAAAGCAACAAAUGGUUUUUCAAGAUUGCUGAUAAGAAAUACAGGUCCGUCAUCAAAUCAAGGUUGCAGAGCAUCGACUACCGAAUUCUCUCCUUGAAUACCUUUUGGGAGGACAUCAAAUCGAUGUCCUAUUUUUCUCGGGUGAUGGCCGAUGUGGCCUUCUGGCUAACGGAAGAAUUCUCUACCUCCGUCAGAGCAGGAGGUGCCGCCGCACAUAGCCUAGCAGCUACGUUCCGAGUUGGCUUUCGGUCCGAAACUAUCCACGCCCAGCUUACCAUUUGUGGCGACACCCUAGUACCACUCAGGCUACCCGAAGGAAAUCCUUUACCAGAUAACGUUUACCGGGUACAAGCCUACAGGGAAGUUUGGCUUUUUGUGAUACGCAAUUUCUUCUCACUUCACAGAGCACUAGAUCCCAGGCCAAACGAUAGUGGUGUCGAGCCAUUGCCUUGGGUCAUUAGUGGGGUUUCGUUCACAGACGACAUGUCACGGCCAAAGAUCGAGGCAUAUAACAAUCGCUUUUGCAUUCCGGAGUGGAGGCAGCUUUGGGAGUUUUCCAAGACUCUAGGGUUCGACCCAGCUUACGCGGAGAGCAUCGGCAUCGGUCCACAACACUGCAAGCUCCCCACGAUACCGGCGCGAAACCCCGAGGCUGCAUCAAAGCUUAAUGACAUGAGACGACUGAGCGAUGCUGUAACCUCCGUCCGGCCCAGUAUGACUGCAGCAGGGGUUGCAUCUUUGUGUGAAGACUUCUUCAAAAAGCUGCCCCCCUUGUCCGAAGAUGAGCUGCAAUCAUUUGGAGAGGUAUGCCCGCGGACUCAAUCCCCUAUCCGAAGGACCGGGUCCUUGGAGGGCGUCUGGCUGCCCGAGUUCCAUCAGGAAUACGACAAGAUUGCUUACAACGUCAUGAUAGCUUACAACGUCAUGGUGGCGUGCCAGACCACCUCCCUGGAAGAAGAUGCUGCCCGCACUUCGUUAUCCUGGUUCGUCAAAAGAGACUUUAUCUGGAGCUUUCUCCACUCAUUCCAGAGUCCUGGACCUAUCUUUGCUCCAAGGGAAGGCCCCUGGCCCCCCCCGUCAAAACCCGUGAAAUCAAAAGAGUGCAUUGAUCUCUCCGACGAUGACGACCUACUAAGAGCCUAUAUGGAUGACCCUAGCUUGUCCAGUGGUGGGGCGCGCGGGAAACGCGCCAUGCAAUCACCGCUCGCAUCGAUAUCAGUCCCCACCUCGGUGGGAGGAUCACCUCCCCUCGCCCCCCAGGCUUCUUCCGGUCCUACCUCUGCCUCUCCUGCUUCUCAGAUCUCUGCUGCUCCCCCGGACCCCAUUCCGCGACGCUUACCCCGAAUUCAAGUUGCAGAGCCUGCAACCCCCCUUGAAGAGCCGCCGCUAUUAUACACGGAUACCGAAGAGAAAACUCGGCGAAAGUCCCUGCCUAAAAAAUUUCCCCUCCUCAGAAAGUCGAAGGCGAGCGGUAGCGCCGCUAAUGUUGAUCGAGAGGCCGAGAGGAGAAGACAACGAGCAGUAUCUAUUAUCAAAGGCAGUAGUAUGGGUAGGAUACCUGAUCAAGGCAAGUCUUCAUUUUUACCCGAGGAUGAGGAGGACGGGGAAAGAUGUGAGUAG